CGCAGGGAGACGCAAAGGACCUGGGGCGGCCGCGGUGCCAGGCCGUGGCCAGCCCGUGGCCGUGCCCUCCGCCGCCGACAGGACUCGAGGUCUCAUGGCCGGCGCGGCGAGCAGCAGCUGGGACGAGGGACUCGGGAGCGGGGAGGCGGCCGGCGCCGCCGACGCGGGCGGCGACAGCAUGGACAUAGAGAUCAGUGGGGACAAGGCGCGAGAUCCCAGCGGUAAGAAGCUGUCUCGAGCGCCGCUCCCCGAGCUCCCAGCCCAGCUCAAGAACCUGCAAAGUGUUGGCCGCAACUAUGUGGGCGCCACGAUGGAAUCGAGCGUCAUCUUCAGAGACUUUGUGGCGAGCCGCGCCAGGCGCGCCGCUAAUGUGUUCGGCGGAGACGAGGCGCAUGCGGCGUGGGAAUGCCUCCUCGAGAACCCCGAGGUCGUGAGAAAGGUGUACCUCGAGCUGUGCGAGGACUACGACGCUGAACGCCUGCCCGAGCUCUGCUGCCAUAUCAACGACAUACUCGUCACGAACACGACCACCCCGUUCUUCGAGCUGCGGGAGCGCGCUGCCUACCUCCGCACCUUGGUAGAGCACGGCAGCAGCAUGAGCGAGGAGCACCUGCAUCGCUGGGACGCGGCGCCGUACCCCACCCGCGAGAGCCUGGAGAUUGACGCGCUCGACAUGCUGGUGCAGGCCCUCCCUCGCUGCAAGGGGGCGCCCAGGUCGGUGCUCGAGCUGGCGGGGCUGGCGGAGAAGCACGAGUGCAACAUCUGCCUCCUGCGGGCCGUGAAGCUAGCCUCGGACGAGCAGAUAGCCGCGGGAGAGCCCACCGUGCGCUUCCUCUUCCGAGGGCCGUGCCGCCACGGCCUGUGCGAGGACUGUGCGCGGCGCGAUGCGCAGCGGCAGCUGCCGGGCGUGGCGCGCGACAUAACCGCGGCGGCUUCCCGGGGGGAGCUCAAGUGCGUGGUCUGCUCCGCGGCGGUGGAGUGGCCGGGCCGCCGGAGCGCGCCGUACAUCUACGAGGAGGCGGACGGGAGCAAGGGGACAGGGCCCCUUCCAGGGGGGGGGUCGCUCCUUGACUUGACGAGGUAUCUUUUACCCAAGGCAUUGGUGGGGGGCCCCAUCACCCCGGAAAAAGCGAGGGUCCUUGAAAAGUGCCACCGGUUUCCGCUGUACGUGGCGGCGCGCUCGGGCUGCUCCACCACGGCCAUUAGCAAGCUCAUCGACGCCUUCCCUGCGGCCGCCUCCGAGCCCUGCUCGGGCAACGGGCAGCUGCCCCUCCACGGCGCGGCCCUCAUAUCGACCUCGCACGAGGUCGUGGAGGCCCUCAUUAGAGCUCAUCCGGACGGCCUCACGGCACAAGACUAU